AUGUUCCCGGGUGGUGAUAUAGAUAGGACGAUCAUGGACCUCGCAAUUGUUGCUUUCUGGGGGAUGGCGCGUUUAGGCGAAUUGACUUACGAAAAGACGAUGGGCGACCUUAAUAAUCAAGACUCGGUUCUAACGUCAGACGUCCGGAUAUUACAAUCGGCUAUUGGAGAGAAAGUGAUACUUACUAUACGAAAUGCAAAAACGGCUCAACCUGGGAAACCUCAAGAAAUCAUACUACAUAGCUUAAAGAAUAUGCUAUGCCCGGUGUUAGCCAUAAGGCGACGAUUACGAGAAGCAAAUGGAGAAGACACGUCUUUGUUCGGUUUCAAUCGCGAUGGGGAACGAAAACACAUUACCCGGUCGAUUGCGGUAAACCGGAUCAAACUGGUGCUCAGAACUGGUGGUUUCGAAGGCCUUUUCGGGCAUUCUUUCAGAGUUGGUGGUGCAUCUUUGCGUUACGCGUUGGGGACACCGGUAGAUGAAAUCUGUCUCCUUGGGAGGUGGGUUUCUAAUUGUUAUAGGCUUUACAUUAGAGCAUACAGCGAAGAAGAUACAGUAGAGAGCAAGAAAAUCUUAGAAGAGCUGAACGAGUUGUGGUGCGAGGAUUAA